CUACUAAAGCUGUUAGCUGGCUGGAUGCAGGGAUUUUCUGGCUGAAUUAAAUGGAAGCAGGCGGAUAACGUGAACGUUGCGGGACAAAUAAUCAUGGAUGUAGCAUUCACUGAUAAUUAAAGACAACGGUGCUUUCCCGUUGAAAUUAUCUCACAUUCCAAAUCUGUUGUCUGUGCAAACAACGGCGUGUCUCUCCCUCGGACGGCUGGACGUGGCUCCAAUACCAGGUCGCUACAGUGGUGAGGAAGCUAGCUGUCAAGUAGUAGCCACAUCAGCACCGCUCAUAUUAGCCAGCCACGAUAGCAUCAAUAGAUUUCAUUAUGGCAGACAGUAUCAUGAGCAAGGCUGCUACCAUGGAGAUCCCCAUUAACAGCAAUGGAGACACAGGGACACUGACAGAGGAUGACAGCCUGGAGCAGGAUUUGCAGCAGGUGAUGGUGUCGGGACCCAAUCUGAAUGAAACCAGCAUUGUCUCAGGAGGAUAUGGAGGGCCUGCAGGGGGCAUCAUUCCAACCAGCACCAUCAAAGGGCCUGCAAUUCGCUUCAACCCUGAGUAUCUGGACAGAAGAAGAGCCCCUGCACCAGGACCAGACAUUCGCAUGAAAUCCCGGGGUGUUAGCUUGCCUAAAAGCCAAUCUGCAGCCAGUCGCCUUGCCCAACACACAGACCAGCAUCCAGGGUCAUCAAACCAUAACGCUAGUAAUUCAACUGAAGAAGUUACUCGUGGCGUGGCAGUGGAGAAAUUAGACAGUGUCAAGAAAUGGGGAAUAAACACAUACAAGUGCACCAAACAGAUGUUUUCUGAGCGGUUUGGCCGAGGCUCACGAACAGUAGACCUGGAACUGGAGGCUCAGAUUGACGUGUUAAGAGAGACCAAGAACAAGUAUGAAAACAUCCUAAGACUGGCCACUGCACUCAUCAAUCAUUUUCAAUGCAUGGUGCAGACGCAACAGGCUUUAGGAGACACCUUCACCGACCUCAGUCAGAAGUCUCCAGAGUUGCAGGAUGAAUUUGGUUACAAUGCAGAAACACAGAAGCUGUUGUGUAAGAAUGGCGAGGCUCUGCUCGGUGCCAUCAGCUUCUUUGUCUCCAGUAUCAACACCCUGGUCAACAAAACAAUGGAGGAUACUUUGAUGACCAUUAAGCAGUAUGAAAAUGCAAGACUUGAGUUUGAUGCCUACCGCUCUGAUCUGGAGGAGAUGAGUUUGGGCCCCAGGGAUGCAGCUGCCAUGGUCCGCAUCGAGAUGGCUCAGCAAGAGUACCAGAUCCACAGAGACAAAUAUGAAAGACUGCGCAGUGAUGUCACCAUCAAGCUCAAAUUCCUGGAGGAAAACAAGGUGAAGGUGAUGCACAAGCAGCUGCUUCUCUUCCACAAUGCUAUCUCAGCUUACUUUGCUGGCAACCAGCAGCAGUUGGAACAAACUCUAAUACAGUUCAAUGUAAAGUUAAAGCCCCCAGGAUCAGACAAGCCGUCCUGGCUGGAGGAGCAGUAAAGAUCGCUCAGGGUUCAGCUGUUUGAGAUGUACAGUGACGAGCUGGUCAGUGAAGAACAUGACAUUAGGGUUAGAUGGACAAGAGUCAAAUGUACAAAGGAGUAUAUUGUAGGAUCAGUCGAGUGAUAAGGAAAAACAUGAGAGAUCGGUUUUGCAAUGUUUUUCUGUAUCACUUAUUUUACAUAGGUGGAACAAUGGUUUCAGUUGUAUUUAGAAUUUUUUUGUUAAGCCACAAAAUGACCUUUUGUUACUUUGUUAUUCCUUAGGUAGCACAAUCAUUUACAUGUAUAUCACUUCUUAUUUAUGUACACUAUAGUAUGUACUACUAUUGUGGAGAUACCCCCUGGCAGUUUUGCACAUGCAUUAUUUUAUUGUUUUUUUUAAUGUUGUCUAAAGCGUUAUCAUAAUAUAUAGUAUAUCACAUGGGGGGAAUUCCACAAAACACAUUAGCAAGUAAGUGGAAUAACAUCAAAAACAUUAGGAAAUAUCCUCUCAAAUUGUAUUUAUUUUUCAUGAGUAUGCAUGACUGCACCAUAUUCAAGUCAUCAGGAUAUAACACAGUUUUUAAAGUUAUCCCACUAUGUUUCUAAUGGCGCUUUGUGGAAUACCUGCCUGAAUGAUCAGUUUACAGUUUACAUGCAUAGAAGGGAAAAUAUAUAUAUAUAUAUAUAAUGAAUAUAGUGAUUUUUCUCUAACCUAAUAUACAUUACAUAAUUAAUUGGACCUCCCAAAUUUUUGGUACCUUCAGAUGUGCUUCAAUCCAGCACAGUUACAAGUAUCUGUCUUUUUUACUCCAGUGUUUACUCACGGAAACAAGCCUCAAAAACAGAUGUGUAGAUGUAAUCCAUAGAGUGGAUUCUUCUAUGAUGAAUACAGACAUUUCAGUUAUCAUAAAGAAAUCCAAAUCAAACUGCGACACAUAGCCAGUGUAUGAUUGUGACUGUGUAUCAAUAGGAGGUGACAGUGUUUGAGACUCAUUUUUGAAGUCUCUUGUUUUAAAACACACACGUGAUACCACACGCGCUCUAGGUUACAGUGCAAAUUUCAGUGUCUCUUCAAGGACAGAAUGUAUGCGUACAUUUUUCUUACUUUGGGUUAUUUAUUUACCUGUUAAUCUGUUUGUAACAUAACAUUGUAUGUUACGUAAACUUCUUUUUCAAUCCUAGUCAGCUGAUUGUCUUUGUCUUGUUCUGCAUUUCCAAUAAAGUCUGCUGGAUGUUUUGUUUCACUUAAGUGUGCAAUCGACACAAUUUCAGUUUGAUAAGGGAGGUGUUCACAGAGUAUGUACAGAAAACUCACAAUGUAUGUAAUAUGUAUGUAUAUGACAAUACAGUCUGUUAUAUCUCUAA